AUGUUGCUGGUUCAAUGCUGUAGCUGAGGAGGCUGGAGCGGUUUGUGUGUCCUGCUCAGUGUGCUACUGCUGGGUGCUGUGAGGGGAAUUCAGGCGAGCUCAGACCUCGCGACAUGGAUGCAUUGACCUUUGAUGAUGUGCAUGUACACUUCACUCGGGAGGAGUGGUCCUUGCUGGAUCCAUCUCAGAAGAGACUUUACAAAGAUGUGAUGCUGGACACCUACAGGAAUCUCACCACUAUAGGAUACAAUUGGGAAGACCAUAAUAUUGAAGAACAGUGUCAAAGUGGUAGAAGACAUGGAAGGCACCAAACAAGUCAUGCAGGAGAGAAACACUGUGAAUAUACACAAUAUGAUAACGUCUUCACAUAUCACAGUCAUCUUCACAAGCAUGAACAAAUUCAAACUCAAGAGAAACCCUCUGAAGGCUUUCAACAUAUUGAAGCUCUUGCAUGUCAUAGUAGUCUUCAAAUACAUAAAAGAACAGAUACUGGAAAGAAACCCUACAAAUGUAAUCAAUGUGAUAAAGUCUUUUCACAACAGAGACAUCUCCGAACACAUGAAAGAACUCAUACUGGAAAGAAACCCUAUGAAUGUGAUCAAUGUGGUAAAGCCUUUGCAUAUCAGUCUGCUUUGGUCUUGCAUAAAAGAACACAUACUGGAGAGAAACCCUAUGAAUGUGAUCAAUGUGGUAAAGCCUUUGCACAUCACUUUACUGUGGUCUUGCAUAAAAGAACACAUACUGGAGAGAAACCCUAUGAAUGUGAUCAAUGUGGUAAAGCCUUUGCAUAUCAGUCUGCUUUGGUCUUGCAUAAAAGAACACAUACUGGAGAGAAACCUUAUGAAUGUAAUCAGUGUGGAAAAACCUUUGCACAAAUAAAUCAUCUCCGAACACAUAAAGUAGUACAUACUGGAGAGAAACCCUACAAAUGUAAUCAAUGUGAUAAAGCCUUUUCACAACAGAGUCAUCUCCGAAUACAUGAAAGAACACAUACUGGAGAGAAACCUUAUAAAUGUAAUCAGUGUGGUAAAUCAUUUGUAUCUCACAGUCAUCUUCAAAGUCAUGGAAGAAUUCACACUGGAGAGAAACCUUACAAAUGUAAUCAAUGUGAUAAAGCCUUUGCACAACACAAUAGUCUCCAAAUACAUAAAAGAACACAUACUGGAGAGAAACCCUACAAAUGCAAUCAAUGUGAUAAAGCCUUUGCACAAAGCAGUAGUCUCCAAUAUCAUAAAAGAACACAUACUGGAGAGAAACCCUAUGAAUGUGAUCAAUGUGGUAAAGCCUUUACACAUCCAUCUACUGUGGUCUUGCAUAAAAGAACACAUACUGGAGAGAAACCCUAUGAAUGUGAUCAAUGUGGUAAAGCCUUUGCACAUCACAGUACUCUCCAGUACCAUAAAAAGAAUCAUACUGAAGAAACCCUGUGAAUAUAAUCACUGUGGUGAAGCCUUUGAAAAUCACAAUAGUCUCCUGAAACAAAUGGAAUCAUUUGGGAGAGGAACCCUAUGAAGGUAUUUAACAUGGUAAGGUCUUUGCACAUUUCUGUAUUCUUCAUCAUUAUGAAAGUAUUCAUAUUGUAGAGAAACCAUAUGAACAAAAGAAAUGUGGUAAAGCUUUUGCGCAUCAAGUUAUCUCUUAAUGUAGAAUAGAAUAGAUAUUAGAGAUAAAUCAUACAAGUAUGAUAGAUGUUAUAAAGCAUUUUUACAACACAGUUAUCCCUGAAUACAUUAAAAAAAAACAUAGUGGUGAGAAACACUAUGAAUGUAAUCAAUGUGAUGAAACCAUUGCAUAACGAGGUCAUCUUUGAAUAUAAGAACAUGUACUGGAAAGAAGCCUUAUGGAUGUAAGCAAUGUAGUAAAGGCAUAAAACCAUUUGUACUGGAGAGAAACACUAUGAAGGUAGUUAAUAUGGUGAAGUCUUUGCAUGUCACAGUUGUCUCCAGAUACACAAAGAAAUAAUGCUGGAGAGAAAUGCUACAAAUACUAGUUGGCAUGAUAAACUAUUUUUAUGACACAGUUUUGUUAGAAUACAACAAAGAACACAUACUGAAGAGAAACCCCGUGAGUGUAAGCAAUGUGGUAAAGCCCUUUCAUAUUAAGGUCAACUUCAAAUAUGUAAAAAAUUAUAUACUGGGGCAAACACCUCCAAAUGCAAUCAGCGCGAUAAAGCCUUUUUCCAUCACAGUCAUCUUCAAAGGCAUGCAAAAAGUCAUCCUGGAGAGAAACCUUAUAAAUGUAUAUAUUAUUGUAAAUCUUGUGGACAUUUCUGUAACCAUCAUCUUGACAGUAUUCAUAGUGGAAAAAAACCCUGUGAGUGCAAGCAAUAUCACUGUUAUCAGCAAAUGCAGAAAACAACACAUAAUGGAGAGAAACGUUACGAAUGGACUCACUGUGGUAAAAUCUUUGCAUAUCAGUUAUCUUCAGAUAUAUAAAAGAACACAUACUGGAGAGAAACCCCAGUAGUGUAAGCAGUGUGAUAAAGCCUUAUUACAUCACAGUCAUCUUCAAAGGCAUGCAAAGAAUCUUACUAGAGAGGAACCUUAUGAAUAUAUUUAAUAUUGUGAAGCCUUUCUAAAUUUCUGUAAUCACCAUCAUGAUAGUGUUCUUACUGGAGAGAAGUCCUGUGAAUGCAAGCCAUAUUGCAAACCCUUUUAUCACCAAAUGCAGAAAAGAACACAUACUGGAGAGAAACCGUAGGAAUGGGCUCACUGUGGUAAAGCCUUUACACAUCAGAGGAGUCUCUGAACACAUACAAGAACACAUUCUGGAGAGAAACCCUAUGAUUGUAAUCAAUGUAAUAAAACUUGUGUGUGUGACAGUA